AUGCAGCAGCAGAGCUGCAAUUCAAUAUUUGUACAUUGCGACGAUGUUCCUGAUUUCUCUGGAUACACGCUGGUAUUGCCGGCUGUGUCGAUAGGCAAUGUACCUCAAUUAACUGUUGAUCUAUUAAUUAGCACCCUCGCCCCUAAACGGGUCGGGUUCUUGCACGAUCGGGCGCUGCUACCCGUGUUUGGAUGUGACGCGUACAGUGAAAGUGGCCAUAACUCCACGACUAGUGCGGAUGUGUACAUGUGCGAAGAGAAACAAUUGGCGAUUAUACAACAAAGAUCUCCAGCUAUCAAGUCUCAACGAAGACACUUGGCCGACAGAAUGACUGAAUGGAUAACCGCGGCGAACUUUGGCUCUGUAGUCCUCCUGACUAGCAGUGACGCCAAUAACAGUGGCGACAACACCAUGCUUGCAAAUAGUGCGUCUCUGAGAUAUGUGGGAAAUCAGCACCAGGAUAUUACCAACAACUUCGCCCAGUUCGGGUGGCAACCGUGGGCUCCUGUAUCCAGUUCGGCCCCAUAUCUUAUGGCUGAGGAGCGAGCCCGUUUGGAGAAACAACGUGUGACUGGAGGUGGCUUGACCAGGUCGCUUUAUGACGCAUGUGAGGAGAAGACGAUACCUUUAGUAACAUUGGUAAGUGGGAGAGGCGCGCAAUGGGACUUCAAGGGUUUUGUGUGA